AUGCCAGCCAACACAAGAACAUUGGUAAAUGUCGCUUCAGGAGGCUCAUUAAAAACAAAAACUCCUGAGGAAGCACUUGAACUAUUGGAAUUAGUAGCAUCUCAAGAAUUUGACAAUGCUCCUACUCCAGUUGCACCCAGAAGUUCAAGAAUCAUGAAGCUUGAAGGCUAUGAUGAGGCUCAUGCAACUGAGGAUUGUGAAUACAUCAGAAACACAGAAAAGCAACCAGCAGAGGCCAAUGCACUCUGGUAUGAUCAAAAGAACUCGAACAACCAAGGAAGGAAUCGAUAUGGUAACCAAGGGUGGAAGAAUAACAACCAACACCCUGGGUUGAGUUAUAAGUCAAACUACCAGCUGAAUCCUCCUAUGCCAUUGCAACAACAACCUCAAGGUACCACAUCCGAGUGGGAAAAGGCGUUUGCACAGUUGUCCAAGACCACAUCCGACUUCAUUCAAAAUGCAGAUGCCUUCAGAGAUGAAACAAGAGCUUCAUUCCGGAAUCAAGAAGCUUCGAUCCGGAACUUGGAGACUCAAAUUGUUGUCAAUCUAAGGGAGCAUUGCAAUGCUAUCACCACUAGGAGUGGGACAGUGAUUCAACCUGUGGAAAAGCCACCAGUUGAAAAGAAGAAAGAAGCUGAACCUGAAGUUGAGAAAGAUAAAGAAGAAGAUGCAGUAGAAGCUGAAAAAUGCAUUCCAAAGAAGAAGCUGUUCAAAUGGGAGAAAAAGAAAGCUCUGGAUAGGCAACCAAAAGCGGCAGACUUGUCUCCAUUUGCAAAAGUUCCAUACCCUCAGCGGUUGAAACAAGAGGUCCAGAAACAACAAUACACCAAAUUUCUGGACAUCUUCAAGAAGCUGCAAGUCAACAUUCCUUUUGCUGAAGCUUUAGAGAACAUGACCAACUAUGCAAGGUUUAUGAAGGAUCUAUUGUCAAGGAAGCGUAAGUUGCAGGAAUGUGAGACGGUGAUUCUGACGGAGGAAUGUAAUGCUAUCAUCCAAAAGAAGUUACCUACCAAAGUCAAGGAUCCAGGGAGCUUCAGCAUUCCAUGCAUUAUAGGCAAGAUGGAAGUAGACAAUAAGCUGGGGAUAACCGAAGUGAAGCCCAUAAAGACGAUAGUGCAACUGGCUGAGCGUUCUUCAAAGCAAGCUUACGACAUCAUUGAAGAUAUAUUGGUUAAGGUUGACAAGUUCAUCAUUCCUGUUGAUUUUGUCAUCCUUGACAUUGAAGAAGAUGCCACAAUUCCUAUGAUUUUUGGAAGACCCUUCUUGUCAACUUCAGGAGCACUGAUUGAUGUACUAAAAGGCGAGUUGAUAUUACGGGUAGACGGAGAGCAAGCAACUUUCAAGUUCAUUGACAAAGAAGUCCCCUCAUCUGUAGCUCAACCGAAAGAUCAAGUCUACUUUAUUGUUGAAAAGAAAGGUGAAGAAGAACACAAUGAGGAGUCUUCUCGAGAAAGUAAGCCAAAAGUUAAGAUGGAGAAACCUAGUAGCGAAGGAAAGCAUGUAAAAGUCAAGUUCAAAGUUCCUGAGACUACUUUACCUCAUCCAUAUGCAGAAGAACACUACGGUAGGACACAAUUUAUGAAUGAUGGAGCUUGGUUAUCACCAAGAUCAUACUUUGAGCCACCAUGA